AUGAAGUUGGUUGUUGCUGCUUUGCUGUUUACCUCGGCAGUAAUCAUUCAAUUAUCAUUAGCCUUUCCGGAUUCUAGGUCAGGUCUAGAUGAUCCUUUUUCAGAUAAUCGACUGGCCAUAGAUCCUGCUCGAAUCAGAGCUGAUAAAACACCAACUAUAAGGACUAAACCUGGUUCCAGUUUAGAUCCAGAUUUUGUUCCUUCUGAUGAUGGACGGGCCACAGAUCCACCUCAAGCCAAGAUUAUUGCACCAAAUACUGAAGAAAAUGAACUAGCUACCACUUUUGAUAAAGAUACUAGCCCACUAACCAGAGAAAUCAUUAAACCGAAAACAGAAAAAGAGGACCCGGAUAAGAACCAAGAAGGUGACCAAAAGAAAAAAGAAAAAGAGGACUCAGAGAAAAACCAAGAAGCUGAUCAAAAGAAUGAAGAAAAAAAGACCCGGAGAAAAGCCAAAAAGCUGAUCAAAAGAAAAAAGAAAAAUAGGACUCGGAGAAAAACCAAGAAGCUGAACCAAAGAAAGAAGGAAAAGAGAAACUGGAUAAAAGCCAAGAAGCUAAACAAAAUAACGAAUCAAAUCCUGAUACAGAAUAAUGUACUGAGUAGAAUAAGACCUGCUAAUAAGCUUGAUAAUUUUCACGUCCUGCAUCAUUUGAUGAUCUCUGAGCAUUUGGAACAAAUCACUAGAAACAAUUCGUAUAUAAAGGACUACAGCAAGGAUACAGCCUUCAUUAUUCCAGUAGCCAUAAGGUCCAAGAUGGUGAAAGUGAAACAGCAGCCUUUUAUCAAUAAAAUCAUUCCAGAAGGUGCGGAUAACGAAAAGCUGAUUGACGAUGAAAGCAGCCCCGUUAGGGAUAAUAAAGACAAUGUACACGGGUUGCUUAAACCACAUGCGGAGAUUAUUGAUCCCUUUGAAGUAAAUAGCAUAAUUCCAGAAAAAUUUCAGCGCCAAUUAUCAUUAGCCUUUCCGGAUUCUAGGUCUGGUCCAGAUGAUGCUCGUUCAGAUAAUAGACUAGCCAUAGAUCCUGCUCAAAUCGGAGCUGAUAAAACACCAACAAUAAAGACUAAACCUGGUACCAGUUCAGAUCCAGAUUUUGUUCCUUCUGAUGAUAGACGGACCACAGAUCCAUCUCAAGCCAAGAUUAUUGCACCAAAUACUGAAGAAAAUGAACUAGCUGGCACUUUUGAUAAGGAUACCAGCACGCUAACCAGAGAAAUGAUUAAACCGGUUUCCUGUAGUUCAUCUGAUUUAGGGGCACAAAAAUAUCUUGUGCGAGGUAAACGAGAUGUAGAAGAAAAUGCAGCUGAAAAACCUAAAAAAGACAAAGAGGCUAAGAAGAAAGAAAAGCGUGAAAGAAAGAAAAAAGAGAAAGCUGAACGAAAAAAGAGGAAGCUAAUAAGGAGAGAAAGAAGAAAGAGGCAGAGAAGAAAAAACAAGAAGCCGAAAGAAACGAAAAAGGAAAAGAAGACCCGGAUAAAAACAAAGAAGCUGAUCAACAGAAAAAAGAAAAAGAGGAAGUGGAGAAAAAACAUGAAGCUGAUCAAAAGAAAACUGAAAAAGACGAAGCGGAGAAAAACCAAGAAACUUAUCAACAGAAAAAAGAAAAAGAGGACCCGGAUAAAAACCAAGAAGCUGAACAGAAAAAAGAGAAAGAGGAUGCGGAGAAAAAACAUGAAGCUGAUCAAAAGAAAAAUGAAAAAUAGGAAGCGGAGAAAGGCCAAGAAGCUGAUCAAAAGAAAAAAGAAGAAGAGGAAGCAGAGAAAAACCAAGAAGAUAAUCAAAAGAAAAAAAGACGCAAAGAUAAACCAAGAAUCUGACCCUUUAAUGAAGAUCAAAGUGAAACAGCAGCCUUUUAUCAAUAAAAUCCUUCCAGAAGGUGCAGGUAACGAAAAGCUGAUUGAGGAUGAAGGCAGCGCUGUUUGGGAUAAUAAAGACAAUAUGAUGGAAAGGCCACAGAUUCAGCUCAAGUUGGAUCUGAUAAAACAAAAACUAAAAAGACUAAAUCAAGUUCCGGUUCAGAUCCAGGUGUUGUUUCCUGUGAGAAUGUAUCAGCCACAGAUCCGGCCUGAAUCGGAGCCAAUAAAACACCAAGUGAAAGUUUUAAACCAGCUUCCGGUUCAGAUCCAGAGGUUGUUCCUCCAGAUGAUGGACCGGCGGCAGAUCCAACUUAAGUCGGAGCUAGUAAAUCACCAAUUGAAAAGUCUAAAUCGGGUUUCAGUUCAGAUCAAGAUGUUGUUCCCGCUGAUGAUGAAUCGGCUACCGAUCCAGCUCAAGUCGGAGCUAGUAAAACACUUGAUAAAAAGACUAAACCAGAAGGACGAAGAUAUGAAAAAGGAAGCCGAACAAAAGAAGAAAAUAGAGGCUGAUCAAAAGAAGAAAAGGAAAACUGAA